CUUUAUUUUACUUUAUUUUCCAGUUAUGUUUUACAAAGCUGCUUUUAUAGUUUUAACUCAUCACAGAAUAUUAAUGCCACGACACGCGUCUACUUUUAAAGUGUUGAGUGUGGCUGAGAAGAAUGACGCUGCUAAAAGAAUAUCAGAUAUUUUAUCAGGGCACCAAUAUCAAGUGAGAAAUGGUUUUUCGAAAUACAACAAGAUCUACGAGUUCAGCUACCACAUGCUGGGGCAAAACUGCGCAAUGUCCGUUACUUCUCUAUCUGGUCAUCUGCUUAAUUACAACUUUGCUGGAAUUUAUAAGAAAUGGCAUUCUUGUCAUCCUCUAAGUUUAUUUGAUGUUGAAGUGGAAAAGAUAGUGACAGAAAACAUGGUGGAUAUCAAGAGAACAUUGGAAAGAGAAGUUCGGAACAGCCAAGCGUUAGUUAUUUGGACAGAUUGUGAUCGGGAGGGAGAAAAUAUUGGAUUCGAAAUCAUUAAUAUUUGUCGAAAUAUUAAACCGAAUAUACCCGUGUAUAGAGCACGAUUUUCUGAGAUAACUGACAGAUCAAUAAAAUCGGCGUGUCGUAAUCUGCAACAACCCGAUCAAAACACGAGCGAUGCAGUUGAUGUUCGACAGGAACUCGACCUCAGAAUCGGAGCUGCUUUCACCAGAUUUCAAACCCUUCGUCUGCAGAAAGUUUUCCCUCAUGUUUUAUCGGAUAAGCUGAUAAGUUACGGGAGUUGUCAGUUUCCUACAUUAGGGUUUGUGGUGGAAAGAUACAAAGCAAGGGAGCAGUUCCAACCUGAAGACUUCUGGAAGAUUGAGGUCACCCACACCACCACCCAACAUAAUGAUGAUGGGCCUGUCACCAGCACGUUCUCAUGGAAAAGAAAUCGAUUGUUUAACGAGCUUGCAUGUCGGGUGUUGUACGCUAACUGCAUGGAACCCCCAGUUGUUGCCACGGUAACCAACGUAUCGAGUCGCCCCCGGAGUAAAUGGCGUCCUGUUGCUAUGGAGACAGUAGAGUUGGAGAAAUUGGCUUCUCGGAAAUUAAGGAUAAACGCAAAAGAAACGAUGAAAAUUGCAGAAACAUUGUAUACACAAGGAUACAUCAGUUACCCUCGUACUGAAACAAACAUUUUCCCAAAAGAUUUUGACCUUGAAAGGUUGGUUGGUGAACAAACGAAUCACCCAGCAUGGGGAAACUUUGCAAGGGAUUUACUUGCUUUAGAAGGAGGACCACAGCCAAGGAACGGACACAAAUCUGACCAAGCCCACCCCCCCAUCCAUCCAACUAAAGCUGCAUCUAAUCUAUCUGGCAACAAUGCAAGGAUUUAUGAGUUGAUUGCGCGCCAUUUCCUUGCUUGCUGUCACCGAGACGCGAAGGGCCAUGAAACGACAGUAGACAUAAUACUUGGUGGUGAGGAGUUUAACGCACAAGGUUUGAUGAUUAUUGAGCGGAAUUACCUUGAAGUUUAUCCUUACGACCGUUGGAACGGGAAGAUAAUAGCAGUUUACAAUAUUGGCGACGAAUUUGAACCCACCGGUUUAAACAUGCCUGGUGGAAGAACUACAGCUCCUCCAUUGUUAACUGAAGCGGAUCUUAUUGCAUUAAUGGAUAAGCAUGGGAUCGGUACCGACGCCACUCAUGCGGAACACAUAGAGACAAUAAAACAACGAAUGUACGUUGGGUUAACGAGCGAUCAACGAUUUCUACCGGGGGAAUUAGGGAUGGGGUUGGUGGAAGGAUACAACUUGAUGGGAUAUGAAAUGUCACGCCCAGAACUAAGGGCAGAACUUGAAUUUGGUUCCAGAUACACGAACAAUCAACAUACUGCAAGUAACCAACAUAGAGGUGCAAGUAAUGCAAGGCAGGGUAAUGCCCACAGGGGUGCGGGAUCAAGACCUGGUGCUGGUGGCUCAGGAGGUUUUGGUGGUAAUGGCCCAAGGGGUGGGGGAUCAAGACCUGGUGGUGGUAGUGGUGGUCACACAGGUGCUGGUCCAGGUGUUUUGAGUUCCAGAGGUUCUAGAGGAGGUGUUAAGAAGGGUGGGACAAGGAAGAAAUCAACGUUAGCGGCGACACGAAGCGAUGAAAACGUUCCCGCUUGUCAGUGUGGGGAGGUUUCUAUUGUUCUUACUGUGAGGAAAGAUGGACCAAAUACUGGAAGGGAGUUUUAUAAAUGUGGGAAGCAGAAUGGAGGGUGUGACUUCUUUAUGUGGGUUGAUAAUAACAACCAAUCUACUCAACAACAAACCAGCUUUACCUCUGGGUUAAAUAAUAGAAAUAUUAAAUCUAGCAUAAGAGUAUCAGGCGAUGUGAUGUGUAAAUGUGAUAUUCCCGCAACCCAACGCACUGUACAGAAGGAAGGGGCAAAUAAAGGGAGGAUGUUUUACACUUGUGACAAACCCAGGGACGCACAAUGCGGUUUCUUUGAGUGGUGCGACUCAAUGCAAAAUACAGCUCCAACCCCCAGUACUUCUCACAACCAGCCACGAGCCGCAAAGCGAAAACGACCUCCCACAUGUGGAUUAUGCAAAGAAGUUGGCCACACUAAGAGAGGAUGUCCGAAUAAAUAACUGUUAUUUCUAUUUUUACACUAUUGCUGCCAGAAUUUUUAUAUUUGUUUUCUGUUUACACAAACGAAAUUUCAUUUUAAUUCCAAUUUUACUAUAUCGUGAUUUUACUGUUUUUAGCCUUUUUUUGGUAAAACUGUUCUCUUUUUUUCGUUUUGAACCAUUCUAAACACCUUGAAUUUUAUCUCUACCUGAGUUUUAUAUAGAUAUACCAUUUCAUUUUUAGUAGUUGUGUUAAAAUGGGAAUUUUGUUAUUGAGGGAAAUGCAUUUGCAAGUAAAACUGCACACAUAUAGUGUAUUGGUCACAGUUGUUUUUGAUAACUAACCUAAUUGAAACAUUUUAAUCUUUAUAAAUAUGUGCCUAUCUUUUCAGUGGGACUUGUGAUCUUAUUAAUUUUAGUAAACAAUAUCUUUUGUACAG